GUGCCCACACCCAAGUGUCAGGAGAAAUGCGUGGCCGGCUAUAACGGCACCUACGAGUCGGACAAACACUUUGGUAGCAAAGCAUACAGUGUCCGAUCGGUGCAGGAGAUCCAACAGGACAUCCAAAAACACGGACCAGUUGUGGCCGGAUUUAGCGUUUAUACCGACUUUCUGACCUACAAGUCCGGUGUCUACCAUCACGUGACCGGUAAGAUGGAAGGCGGACACGCCGUGAAGAUCCUGGGCUGGGGUGUGGAGUCGGGUGUGGACUACUGGCUGGUGGCCAACUCAUGGAACGCCGACUGGGGAGACAAGGGUUACUUCAAGAUCCGUCGGGGACAUAAUGAGGGCGGUAUUGAGGGCCGCAUAUCGGCCGGUUUACCCAAGUUGUGGAUAUAUCCUCUAUUUUUGAAGGGUAUGCGAAAAGAUCGUUUAGAAUUUGCAGACAUGUAUCGGUGCUCACAAUACGACGCCUCCAAGUAUUUGGUUCAAUGUUUGGAAAAAAAUUGGGAAGUUGAACUAAAGAAAAAAUCACCAAAAUUAUAUGUGGCAUUAUUCAAAACGUUUACCAGACAUCAUAUUUUACCAUUCAUAUUGCUUUUAUUAAUUGAGUGUGUAGUUCGUAUGGCACAGCCUAUACUACUCGGUUAUGUUAUUGAUUAUUUUGCUGGUCAAGACCUAAUAACAUAUGACCAUGCUUGUAUGGCUUCUGGUGGUGUGUGUCUGUGCACUAUACUAUACAUUAUGUUUUUUCAUACCACCUUGACACGUUUUAUGCAACUGGGAAUGCGGGCCCGUAACGCAUGCUGUACAUUAAUGUAUAAAAAGUCACUAAAACUGAACCGGCUAUCUAUGGGCAAGACUACUGUGGGUCAGAUGAUAAACUUAAUGUCUAACGACGCAAAUCGAUUUGAUGAGUUUGCACUAUUCGCCAGUUAUUUUAUAAUAUCGCCCAUUCAGACAGCCAUCACAAUAUAUAUAAUGUACACAUAUAUGGGAUGGGCGAGUUUGGUGCCAGUUGUUUUAAUAAUUGUACUUAUUGUGUUUCAAUUGUUCAUGGGCAAAAUGUUUUCAAAAGUUAGAUUAAUGAUCGCUAAGCUCACUGACAAUCGGCUCCGGCAUAUGGUUGAGAUCAUAUCCGGUAUGCGAGUCAUUAAAAUGUAUUCCUGGGAACAGCCCUUCGCAGAUCUCGUGGCUGAGGCACGAAAACAAGAAGUGUCGUGUAUACAGAAGUCUUGUUUUCUAAAAGCAAUCAAUAUGUCGUUGUAUAGUAUGGCAUCCAAAUUGAUCUUAUUUACAAGUUUUAUCACCUUGGUACUUACUGGUGAUGUACUGACCGCUAAGGCUGUAUUUGUGUCAAUGAUGCUAUUUAAUUAUGUAAGGGUCAAUAUGACCUGGUUCUUCCCACUGGCAAUUACUUUUGGGGCCGAGUUAUUGGUAUCUUGUAAUAGAAUACAAGUAAAAUUUAUCAUGAAAUUUUUGCAAUUAGAAGAAAUACAAAUAAAAUCCACUCAAAACUCAAACAAUUUAUUUAAAAGUGGAACAAAUGACAAACAAUUGCCCGAAGUGUCCAUUAAUAAUAUAACAGCCAAAUGGAGUGAUGAGAGCCCGUAUCCAACGCUUCAGAAUAUUUCUGCUCAUUUAAGACCCGGUGACUUAUUAGCUGUGAUCGGACCCGUGGGGGCGGGAAAGAGCUCAUUAUUGAUGACAAUCCUUAACGAACUGCCGCUUCUGUCGGGGAGUAUAGAAACUGUGGGAUCGAUAAGCUAUGCCUCUCAGGAGCCCUGGAAUUUCAAUAAUAGUGUUCAAAAUAAUAUACUUUUUGGAGCCGAAUAUAACGAAUCCCGAUAUAAACGAGUGGUAGAGGUGUGCGCUUUGGAGCGAGACUUUGAGAUAUUCCCGUUCGGAGACAAGACAUUAGUCGGUGAGAGAGGGGUAUCGCUAUCGGGGGGACAGAAGGCUCGCAUCACGUUAGCCAGAGCUCUGUACCGGAACUCAGACAUCGUAUUAAUGGACGACCCGUUGAGUGCUGUCGACACUAGUGUUGCCGAACAUAUAUUUGAUAAAUGUAUAGUCGACUACUUGUGCGACAAAAUCCGUAUUCUAGUCACACAUCAAAUCCAAUUCAUACGAAAAGCGACACAAAUAUUGGUUUUGAACGACGAGGGAAAGUGUCUGGGAUUGGGAUCCUAUGAUGAGCUCCAGUCCCGGGGCUUAGACUUCAUGUCUAUUCUCAGCGAUCGGGAGAGAGAAGCGGCCGACAAGAGGGCAAAGGCAGAGGACAGGGACCUAAAGCGAACAUUUUCCCAAUCAAGUUUUGAUAUUAAAACAUCCAGGACAACUUCUUUGGCUGAAAGUUUGAUGAUAAAUGAUGAAGAGAUAGAAAACAACCCACAAAUUGCUGACGAGGGCCGGGAAACGGGUUCAAUAUCAGGAAAAGUAUAUUGGACAUUUAUUAAGGCAGGCGCCGGUCCGUUACUAUUUUCCACCACGCUUUUGUUUACAAUCGUUGCUCAAGCUAUUUAUCACUGGUCGGAUUAUUUUCUAACGGAGUGGACUGACAAAAAUCAAAACACAGAUAACAUUAACAUUUCUGAUCAGAACAGAGAUAGGUGUUGUGAAUAUUCUACCGUCUAUUACGGGCCCCGAUAUCUGUGUUUGACAUCAACCCAGUUGGUUUGUUAUUUAAAUAUAUUAAGUCGGAUAUUAAAUCGAUUUACAAAAGAUCUUGGAAUAAUCGAUGAGCAGCUGCCAAGCACAUCUUUUGAUUUAAAUUUGAGCAUGACACAAGGUGUCGGCGGAAUAAUCAUGAUCACAAUCGUCAACCCAUACUUAAUCAUACCAGCAUUUAUCUUAAUUGUAGUGCUUAUAGCAGCUAGAUCUAUUUACAUUAAAUCAGCUAGAGACAUUAAACGGGCCGAUGCCCGGAGUCCAGUGUUUUCACACGUGAGCACUACAUUCAAUGGGUUGGCCAGUGUUAGGGCCUUUAAAGCACAGAAGUUGUUUGAGAGACAAUUUUACGUAUACCAAGAUGAUCACUCGGCCACCUUUAUGCUCGCAACUACUGCCAGUCGCGCAUUUGGCCUAAUCACAGACGGAUUGUGUUUUAUGUAUACAGUAAUAAUAUUUGCGGUGUUUAUGGUAUUUCCCGGUCAGUUGGGUGCGGGAGAGGCGGGACUCGCUUUAUCAUCAGCUCUAAUGUUGACGGGAAUGACUCAAUGGGGAGCCCGACAGUCGGCUGAGAUGGAGAGUCAGAUGACUUCAGUCGAGCGCAUCAUUGAGUACUCAAGACUACCACAAGAGGCGGCCCUCACAGCACAGGAUAGCCAUAAACCCCCUCCAAAUUGGCCACAGAAGGGAGAGAUAGAGCUCAAGGAUAUGAGUUUGUGUUACGAGGGAUCAGACAAACCGGUGCUCAAGAACUUGAAUUGUGUUAUAAAGAGUAAAGAGAAAGUAGGGAUCUGUGGGCGGACGGGCGCCGGCAAGUCGUCCAUCAUAUCAGCGCUGUUUCGUAUGGUUGAGCCAAAGGGGGAGAUAGUUAUGGACGGCAUUAACACGGGAUCAAUAGGUUUGCAUGACUUGCGUCGUGUGCUGUCAAUCAUACCUCAGGAUCCGGUGGUCUUCACGGGAAGUGUGAGAAGAAAUUUGGAUCCUUUCGGCGAAUACAGCGACCAAAGGAUAUGGAGUGCCUUAGAAGAGGUGCAGCUGAAGGGGGCGGUGGGGGACCUCCCGGGC